CCCACAUUAUUUAAAUUUUCUCUUCAUCCACCUGCCGCAAUUACCAAAAUGCCCUCUCCCUUCGCGGCCUUUCUUCUCCUCCUCCUAGCCGUGGCUUCCUCAAUUUCGUCAUUCCACGACCCAGACCGGGAGGUUCAGUUGGCCCGGACCAUAGUUAUGGAGGCCAGAGACUCGGUCCGAGGCUCCGUGACCGGGACAGGUGAGUUAAAACGACGCCGCUUUGAACGGCGGAAUUUUGUUGAGGCCGCGCUCGGUUAUUGCACCAGGCUUUACGAGGAGGCCGACGCGCGGCUGGCGGAGCUGCUGUUCGGAGGAAAUUAUACGGCGGAAGAUGCUCGGACGUGGAUCAGCGCCGCCGUGGCUAAUCAUCGGAGUUGUACGGACGGCCUGGAAGAGGUCGGAGCUGCGGCGGAUAGGAAGAAUAAUUUGACUGCGUUACUCGCCGGAGCUCUGCGUUUAUACGAGAAAAUCGCCGCCGUGGAGGAGCGUAAUGGAUUGAAACGAUGGGAGGAGCAGAAAUUGACGAAAAAUAGAGGAAUCGACUUGGCGAAAUGGAAUCCGGCGACGUCGAAGGCGGACUAUGUGGUGGCGAUGGACGGCUCCGGCACACACAGAACCAUAAACGACGCGGUGGCGGCUCUGGCGAGGAGUGGCCGGAGACGGCGGUCGGAGCGAGUGGUGAUUUACGUGAAAGCCGGAGUUUACAGGGAGAACGUGGAAAUCGGGAUGCAAUUGAAGAAUGUGUUUAUUGUCGGCGACGGCGCCGACAGAACCACCAUCACCGGCAGCCGCAACGUGCCGGACGGCGCCACCACUUACAGCUCAGCAACAUUUGGCGUCUCCGGCGACGGAUUUUGGGCAAGGGACAUCACAUUCGAGAACACCGCCGGGCCGGAAAAGCACCAGGCGGUGGCGCUGCGGGUAAAUUCCGACCUCGCCGUCGUCUACCGCUGCACAAUCAAAGGCUACCAGGACUCCCUCCGCCAAUUCUACCGCGACUGCCGCAUAUACGGCACCGUCGAUUUCAUCUUCGGAAACUCCGCCGCCGUCCUCCAGAACUGCGAAAUCUUCGUCCGGCGGCCGAUGCGCCACCAAGCCAACAUGAUCACCGCCCAUGGCCGCGACGAUCCGGCGGAGAACACCGGAAUUUCGAUCCACGGCUCGCGAGUCAGGGCGGCACCGGAAUUCGCCGCCGUACAGGGCGAAUUCAGAACGUUCCUCGGCCGGCCGUGGAAGCGGUACUCGAGGACGGUGGUUAUGGCGACGGAUCUGGAGGGAUUGAUCGAUCCGCGUGGGUGGGGAGAAUGGGAAGGGGAUUUUCCUCUGUCGACUCUGUUUUAUGGUGAAUAUAAGAACACCGGCCGCGGUUCUUCCACUCGAUUUAGGGUUAAUUGGCCCGGAUUUCACAUUUUUCGGGGCGAUCUGGAGGCCGGAAGGUUUACGGUCGGCGGUUUUCUCCACGGCCGCGAUUGGAUUCCGGUGACCGGAGUGCCCUUCCAGGCAGGAAUUCGAGCUCUUGGUCCUCUGCUUGAAAAUAUAUAUAUAUACACGUGGAAUUUGAAUAGCGAUAAAAAUCAUAAUGAGAGGGACUAAAUAAAUAAUGAAAUU